GAAGCUUUGCCUAAAACUUUCGGUGCUUAGCUUCGUUUACUUGCUGUACGAGCUAAGCUACGCUACUCAAUGACGUUUCCUUCCCUUUCUCCCUUAAGUGGAUGCCUGCGUGUCUUUCCUUCUUUCAUCGAAAUGCAAUGACCCACCUCACUCAACUUCGCACUGUUUCUUUCUUUCUUCAUUUUUAUAUUAACGGAUGAAGAACCCAUUAUUACUAUCGUUGUUGUUGGAACAAUUCGUUGUGUUGCACAAAAAUGGCCUUCUCUUCUUGCCUUUCUCUCCCUCUAAUCUCACUCAAGCCUAUAGGAACUUGGCGAAAUGUCGGUGUCGACCAAAGAUUAACUUCUCCUCUCAAAAGUAUGAACACUGAACUUUUUGGCCAACAAGUUGCAGGAAUUGGAAGUAAUUUGCGAAGAGAAUGGAGUUUCGCGAGAGGAUCAAGAAUUGUAGUAAGGCCACAAGUAGCAACAUUCAUUCAUCAUAAGAAGGCCUCUGGAAUUCAUGCUUCAUGGUUGGCAAAUUCUCAAAUAGCUAGUAGUGUUUUUACUUUGGGAACAGUAGCUGUGCUGCCAUUCUACACUCUCAUGGUUUUUGCUCCUAAAGCUGAACUGACGAAGAAGUCGAUGGAAAGUGGCAUACCAUACGUUGUACUCGGUCUUCUGUAUGCAUAUCUAUUAUACCUCUCCUGGACACCCGAUACACUACGGACGAUGUUUGCUAGUAAAUACUGGCUUCCUGAGCUACCUGGCAUCGCAAAGAUGUUCUCCAGCGAGAUGACUUUAGCUUCUGCUUGGAUUCACUUGUUGGGUGUGGAUCUCUUUGCUGCAAGACAGGUUUUUCAUGAUGGGCUUGAAAAUCAAAUUGAAACUCGCCACUCUGUUUCUCUUUGCCUCCUUUUUUGUCCCAUUGGAAUUCUUACUCAUGUCAUCACCAAAGCAAUGACAAAAAGCACUUGAAGUAUUACUCAUGACAUGCCAUAACAA